UACAAAAUUAAAUUGUUAAACCUAAUUAAUUAUGUUAUAGAUUAAGCAGAGAAAGUUGGGGGAAUAUUCGUACUCUCCGUUGACUAAAAUUUUGCCGAAGCUCUUCUUGGACGGAUUAUACUCAACUCUUUGUUUCUUAAUUUCUUUCCAAUCGGCCUUCAUACCUUCAUCACCAGUUGCUAUAAAUAAGUUCGAUUCCGAAAGCCAAACCCUAUCAGUUUCCAUUUUCUUCGAUCAAUUAGGGGAUAAAAUGUCUCAGUCAGAUUCGAGUAAAAAUGUGUUGCAAAUGUCCAUCAAUGGCGAUGAACCCCCGCCAGCUUACGUGGUCGAAGGCUGUGCAGUCGGCGGUGCCGGGGAGAUUCCGAUCAUCGACGUGGGAGUGUUUAUGCCGUCCUCGUCGCCGGAACCAGAGGUUUUGGACUCGGAAUUGGGAAAAUUGAGAUCUGCUCUCGCCAAGGAGGGAUGCUUUCAGGCAAUUGGACAUGGGAUUUCGGAUUCAUUUCUAGACAAGAUACGUGAGGUUGCUAAAGAGUUCUUUGAAAUGGGAGAAGAAGAAAAGCAAAAGUAUAGUCCAAGGAAUGAGGAUGAUAAAUUCCAAGGGUAUGGAAACGAUGUGGUUGUUUCUGAAAAACAAGUUCUUGAUUGGAAUUAUCGUAUCUUCAUUCAAGUUUUCCCACAUGACUCCAGAAAACUCAAUCUUUGGCCAAAUGGUUUUAGAGAAAUCCUAGAAGAAUAUGUAGACAACAUAAAGUUGGUAACGGAAGUUUUAUACAAAGCAAUAGCAAAAUCGUUGAACAUUGAUGAAGAUAGCUUCGUAAAGCAGCUAGGGGAUCGAUCACCGAUGAAUGCAAGGUUUAACUUCUAUCCGCCGUGUUCGAGACCAGAUUUGGUUCUUGGAGUAAAGGCUCAUACAGAUGGAUCAGCUCUCACAAUUUUGUUGCAAGACAAAGAAAUGGAAGGUCUUCAAAUUUUUGUGGAUGAUAAAUGGGUCAAAGUCCCUGUCUUACCUUAUGCUCUCGUGGUCAAUCUUGGUGACCAAAUGGAGAUUAUGAGCAAUGGAAUAUUGAAGAGCCCAAUGCAUAGGGCAGUGACAAACUCAGAAAGGUUGAGGAUUUCAUUGGCAAUGUUUCAAAUACCUGAGAUUGAGAGGGAGAUUGGGCCAGUGGAGGCUUUGGUUGAUCAACAAACACCAAAGAAAUAUAAAAACAUCAAAAACUAUGGUGCUAUCAAUUAUGAAUGCUACCAAAAAGGGAUUGUACCAAUUGAUACUCUUAAAAUCUAAUUUUUCUUUUCUUUUCUUUUUUUUUUUUCUUUUUAAGAACUACACAACAUUCCCAAGUUGUUGGGUAAUGCUUUUCUCUUAUUAUUAUUAUUUGCAAAUAAAUUUAAUGGUCGUAUUGUGACAGAAAUAAUAUGUGAAUCUUGAUAUAUUUAUUUUUA